AUGGUCUGCCAUGCAGAUUCUUUCUUCAUUGGUCAUCCUGUUCCAUCCCUAGCCAUUGAUGAUGAGCUCAUGCCAGGCCAAACCUACUUUGUCCUUCCAUUAGAUUGCUUUGCAUGCAAUGUUUUGUCAGCUUCUUCUCUUGCAGCCUUCAGCUCUAGCCCUAAACGAACCCCUAUUGAUUUCGGAGAGUCCCCUUUCCAGUACAUAAAGGGUGCUGAGGGUAGGGUUUUGAUUAAGGUUGUGCCAGAAUUCAUAACGAGGCUUAUAAAUAGAGGCGGGGAUCAAGAUCAAACUGCAGGUUCUACUAGCCCUGGUAAUAGUUUUCUUUGUAGCACUCCAGAGUUGAAGAAGCAUUAUGAACAGCUGGUUGGAUCAAAAGAACAAACAUGGUCACCUAAACUUGAGACUAUUUCAGAGUACAAAAUAAGGCACUCUCCCUGCAGGUUUACAAGGUUGAAGUGGAAACAAAACGAGAAGGCAUAA